UUUUUAAGCAGUACUACCAGAUUGUACGCAUUCCCUUUUCACAGAAAGAAAGAAAGAAAAACUUAAUGGAAUGAGAUGAAAAAGCAUGAAAUUAUGAGAAGAUGUUAGGUUAUGAGUUUUUGAGUCGAAUACAUUUUAGACAGUGCCCCAAAGAAAACUACAGGUUCACCAGGUGGUUAAUGAGAGAAGGCCUUCUUCGAAAAUGGAUGAAAUGCCCCUCUUGCUCUCAUGUCAUGAAGUUGAAACGGACCUACUACAAAAAGGAAGCAGCAUGGAUUUGUCGAGAUUCCUGUCACAAAGGGAAAACAGUAUCAAGGUCGAUCCGGACUGGCUCCAUCUUCGAGAAAUCGCACCUUCGGCUGCAAACGUGGAUGCAUUACAUCUACAGAUUUGCUCAAGGCCUUCGACUAAGGCAAGUGGACAUGCUGCAAGAGGGAAUUACUCAGAGUUCUGCAACUCUGAGUAAACUUGCAGACAAGCUGCGGAGAGUUUGCAAAUCAGGAAUGAAAAGAAUGAGAAGAAGAGGCAAGCAGACCGUUGGACAAAGGACAGAGAUUGUUAUGAUAGAUGAAAGCAAAUUUGGCCAUAAAAGAAAGUACAACAGAGGACGGGCAAGCAACAGGAGUUCCUGGGUAUUCGGAAUGCUAGGGAUUAAGGAUGACAGAAGGAGACCCAUCCUUAAGAUUGUGCCUCACCGUUCAGCCAGGCAUCUCUUGCCUCUAAUAAAGAAGCAUGUUCGUCGUGGAAGCUCCGUCAUUUCAGAUGGGUGGAGGUCUUACCGCCGUCUUCAGGAUGAAGGUUACAACCACCUGACUGUCAACCAUCACGAUUUUUUUGUUGACCCUGUUACAGGUGCACAUACACAAAACUUGGAGAGAUUUUGGGGUAUUUGCAAAUCAACUAUUUGGAGACAAAGAGGGAACCGCACACAAAAACUGUUGAGGGAUCACUUAGAUGUAAUUGAGUGGACAUAUUGGCGUGGAAACCAUCACAGUAAAGGACCACUUGGAAUGCUUUUGCACGACAUUAGAAAAAAAUAUCCAGUAUAAAACCUGCCUGAAAUAUAGAUAAAGAUAU